AUGUUCGAGCCUACCGUCGUCGUUGACUGCCGCGGUCACCUGCUGGGAAGGCUUGCGAGCAUCAUCGCUAAGGAGCUUCUCAAUGGCCAGAGGGUUGUGCUUGUCCGCUGCGAGGAGGUCAACAUCAGCGGGGCCUUCAUUCGCAACAAGCUUCUCUUCAUGUCCUACCUGAGGAAGAGGAAGAACUCCAACCCUUCGUCCGGCCCCUACCACUUCCGUGCCCCCUCGCGCAUGGUGUGGAGAACUAUCCGUGCUAUGAUGAAGCACAAGACUCCCCGCUGCCAGGCUGCCCUCGACCGCCUCAAGGUGUUCGACGGAGUCCCCCCCCCAUACGACAAGGUUAAGAGGAUGGUGAUGCCGGACGCCCUCCGCGUCCUCAGGCUCCGGCCCGGACGCAAGUACACCAACCUCGGGAGAAUGUGCAGCGAAGUUGGAUGGAAGCACAGGGACACCGUGCUUGAGUUGGAGGAGAAGCGCAAAGUCAAGGGAGCGGCUUACUGGGCUAAGAAGAAGGAGGCCAUCAAGGUCUGUUAG